AUGCGCCGCCUCGGACUCCCGCUGUUCGCUCUGUGGCUGCAAGUGGCCGUCCCCAGUGUCCCCCUGCCCCAUGUGGAACAGUACGAGGUGGUGUGGCCCCAACGUCUGCCACGACCCCGUGCUCGCCGAGCCCUGCCCUCCCACUUGGACCGGUACCCGGAGAGUGUGAGCUAUGUCCUUGGGGCCCAAGGGCACAACUUCACCCUGCACUUGCGGAAGAACAGGGAGCUGGUGGGCUCGGGCUACACGGAGACCUACAGCACGGCCAACGGCUCCCAAGUGGCGGAGCAGCCACAGAGGCAGGAUCACUGCUUCUACCAGGGCCACGUGGAGGGGCACGAGCAUUCUGCCGCCAGCCUCAGCACCUGUGCCGGCCUCAGCGUCAAGUUCCCCAGAAUGUUCAGCCAGUGCAGCCGUGCCGACCUGGAGCUGUUCGUGGAGAAGCCCCGGACGGGCUGCCUGGACAACGCCCCAGACCCUGGCCGGCUGGUGGGCGACCCCGUGUGUGGGAACUGGUUCGUGGAACGUGGGGAGCAGUGUGACUGCGGCCCACCCCAGGACUGUCGGAACCCCUGCUGUAACGCCACCACCUGCCGGCUGGCCCACGGGGCCGAGUGCGCACAGGGCGCCUGCUGCCGGGAGUGCAGGGUGACACCCGCCGGUGAGCUGUGCCGUCACCCAAAGGACGCAUGUGACCUUGAGGAGCACUGUGACGGCCAGCAGCCGGGGUGCCCAGAGGACGCCUUCCAGGAGAACGGCACACCCUGCCCGGGGGGCUACUGCUACAACGGAGCCUGCCCCACGCUGGCCCAGAGGUGCCAGGACCUGUGGGGGCCAGGCUCACGGGCUGCCAUGGAAACAUGCUACACCUACAGCAUCUCGCCCGACUGUAGGGGCAGGAUCCCCCUUGGCUCCAGCAGGGUCAACAGGUGUGGCGUCCUGUACUGUGAGGGGGGACAGAAACCCCCAGAGCAGAGCUCCUGCACCCUCACCUCCUCCUCGGCUGCUUGCCAGGCCCUCGUCCUGGAGGAAGGUGUUGGCUACGAGCCAGUGCCCGAAGGCACCAGGUGUGGCGAGGAGAGGAUUUGCUGGAAAGGCCGCUGCGAGCACCUGCAAGUUUACAGAUCCAGAAACUGCUCCGCCCAGUGCAACAACCAUGGGGUGUGCAACCACAAGGAUGAGUGCCAGUGCCACCCGGGCUGGGCACCACCCCACUGCACAGAGCUGCUGCCCUCCGUGCACACAGCAACCACUGUGCGUGUAGCCAGCCACAGCACCACCCCCUCCAGGGCCUGGCCAGACCUGGCUCAUGUCACUGUGGGCCCGGGGCCAGCCACCACUAAGCCCUCCAACUCAUCAUCUGAGAGCCUGGAGUGCUGUUGGUCCAGGAGCCUCCUGAUGGUCGUGCUGGUGCCUGCGGUGCUCCUGGUGGCUCUGGCCCUCCUGGCAGGUGCAGUCAUCUACCGAAAGGCCUCGGGCCGCAACCUUUGGGGGACUGCAGCACCCAAGACCGCCAUUGGGCUCUCCAACCCCCUGUUCCACGAGGGGCGUGGUGUGCCAGCCAAGGGUGGGGCUCCGGGCCCCCCCCACCACCCCAGCCAGCCCGCCAGGCCCGCGGUCCCCAGGGCGACCCCCAAGCAGCCGCCCCCUGCUCCUCCAGCUGCCACGUCCAAACCCCCCCCCACAGUUCCUGUGUAUACCUGGCCGCCCCCAGACCAGCUCAGACCUGCUCCGCCUGCCAAGCCCCUCCCUGAACUGAAGCCCAAGCAGGUUGUCAAGCCGAUCUUCCCACCCCCGAUGCCACCGGUCAAGCCUGGGGCUGGAGGAGCCCAUCCUGGACCGCCGCCACAGAGCGUAGUCGGUCCCAAGACUGCUCUGAAGCCACCGGUGCAGAGAAGGUGACUCGGGUGCCAGGCCCCGGCCGCAGCGGGGCAGAUGUCCUUCAUGUUGAAGGGACCGGGCCUGC